UAAUAGUUCAGAAUAGUUAAGAAAAUGAAAAUGGCCGAUUAAAGUUAUUGUCAGAAUGUGUAAUAUGAAGAUAAGUUGUUUUACAAUGGAAUCCUUUGAAAAUAUUUUGAAAUCAAGACAGGGUAAUGCGACCGAAAUUGUACAGCAUAAUGGUGAUACAUUUAUUACAAACAGCGAUAGAGGUUUUGCUAACAAAAGUUGGUUUCGACAUACUGAAGAAAAUUUCAUUUGCAAUUACGCCUGUAGAGCCUAUCAGCAUUCUCGCUUGGUGCAAGGAAUUUGUCCCCGCUAAAAUGCUUUUGGCAGACUCAAGGCCGUUUAGUAACGGCCACGUUACGACUGACGAGGAAUAUAAUUUUAAACGAAAUACAUUUCGACCACGUUUAAUAUCAGAAAGUUCAGUCGAUUCAGAAGAUAAUUAUGAGAUAGUUUUCGAAACAGAUUCGGAAAAUAUUUAUGACAGCGAUUUUGAUUACAAUGAAUCGACUGAUGAGAGUCAAAAUGAAAAUGAGAGUGAAUGUGAAAUAACUCAAAAUGAAAAAACAUAUAAUUUUCAAACUCGUAAGGUAACAUUUAAUCUGACACCAGUUGUACAUACAAUGGUACAGUGGGACUAUGCAUAUCGUGCUGCUCGAAAAGGUCCAUGGGAGGAAAUGGCCAGAGAUAGAGAAAGAUUUAAAGGACGUAUUAAUUGUAUUCGAUGUAUUCUUGAACCUAUUCUACAAAUUCAACAUCGCACUCAUAUAUGGCAAGAACGAUUUGCAUAGUAGGAUCAAUAAUUGUUUAUUAUCUGUACAAAAGAAAUUUUUCACAAAGGUUGCUGAAAUCAUUAAGGAAAGGGAUGAAUAUUUUGCAAUAAAAAAUAAUGUGUAUAAUAAAAGUCUUCCAAAAAGAAAAUAGAAAAAGGCUGUGAAAGUAUAGUUUAGAACAGGGAUUCCCAAUAGUUACUAAAUUUAGAUGAAAAACAUCCAGAAAUCUUAAUAAUAUAUGUUCAAUGGUAUGAAGUAAAUGAUGAAACAAAAUUUAUAUUUCUUCUUUAAUUGCAAUAAUAAUUCUUUUACA